CAUUUAAUUUACUAAAGCCAUGUCAACAUCAUUUAACCACAGGCUCUUGGAGCUGGAGGAAGCUUCUCGCCGAUUGGCAUCUGCAGAUUUUUCAGCGCCGCGGUUUUAUACAUCGCUUUUGCUGGAGAACCAAGCAGUUCCUGUUAGAAACGCAAAGACGUAUGAGCAAAGCUUAUUUACUACCAAUCCAAUUGAAACUAUGAGAAAUUUAAGAACAAGGGAAAAUAUGGAUGAUUUCGAGUCAACAAUGGAAUUAGCUACUUCCUUGAAUGAGAUAUGCCAGAAUGAAUACGUGUAUGAACAAUUGGAAGAGAUAAGCAAUGCACACGUAGACGUUCUAUCCUCUAUUGCCAGACUCUCUUCUAGACUUGCAGAGCUACAAGGAUCAAAUUCGGCAAAUGAUACACAGCAGUCAGGACCAGGAUGGCAGGAAGGUGAUGAAAUCAUGGCCGAUGUAGAGCGCGAAGAAGGAGAGAUCUUUGCAUUGGAGCAAAUGUUAAGCGAGAAACGGCAGCUGCUUAAUCAAAUGCAACAGGAACUGGAUGGAUUUGCGAGUCUUUCAGAAAUGGAGCUGAUGCAAUAUGAUAGCGCUACACAGGAGGAAGAUCCAGAAACGAAUACAGAAAUUGCGGCAAGCAAGCUUGAGAUUGAAAAACUAAACCAUAGAAUUCAAGAACAAAGGUGGCAAGAAAAGGAAUUGGUCGACAUGUAUGAGAACCUAGUUUGCGAAAGUAAUGAGCUACUUACGGCGCAACAAGACGCAGAAGCACUAGCUAAAGAGGACUCGAGCCCACAGUUUGAAGAGCUAAUGCGGCUAUAUGAAAAGGUCACGAUACAGGAGGGUGACACUUUAAUACUACCAAAAGGAGUCCAGGAAGCAUACUUGAAACUAGAACGACUCUUGGAUGGUCUAGAGAGAUGUCAACGGCACAUUGUGAUGUUAGACGUACUAGAGUAAGCUUACUUCCCCUAAUCAAGUUCACAUCUAUACACCUAUCUCUCUACUCGCGAUGGAAUAUGCAAGUUCAUUUCGUUUUCCUUGUUUCCUAGGCAAAUUAGCAGAUCGUUAGUUGAAAGCUGCGCUGAUCCUAAAGCCCCAG